GUAUGAGAGUGUGGGAUGUCCCACACGGGCGACAGUGAUUGGUUGGUGAGGUCUUCUUUUAGACCCGAUCAGAGGACUGAGCAGCAUUCUGGAUCAGGUGGACUUGACGGGACUUUGGAGAUGUUGAUGAAGAUGAGGUUCAGCUCUGUGCUCCUGUUCUUGGCUCUUGCCUCCGUCUCCAGAUCAGCCCCCACAGCACAGCACCAGGACUACUCUGGACACUGGUUCUUACAAGCAAUGUCAACUAAAUCUUGUAUCGCUGCACCAGCAAUGUCACUUUUCCAGUGGAUGACUGUAGUCAUGGAUGUGAGAACGAUGGACCAAAAGGACAUUUAUGAAGUCAAUAGCACAAUCAAAAUGUCAGAAUUUUGCAAAGAUCAUCACAGGGUUACGAAUAUAUCUGAAGGUGGUGAUGUGAAUAUUCAGCCUCAGACGUACUGCUCUGACUGUGCCAUUGUGGGCGCAGGUGACAAUUCCAUGCUCAUUCUCGUCAGUCGCAGAGAGUCAGUGACAAUGACUGAGUUCAGGAACUUCCAAAUCAAAGCCUCGGCUCUAAACCUGACCAACCCUUUUCUUUUCAACAAAGAUUAUGACAAGACUAACUGCAAGGAUCCAGACUCAGACGACCCAGAAUUUAAGAAACACAAGAACAAAUUCACAGCAUUGUUGAUAGCUGCGUUUAAGUGUCCUAGAUAAACCACAGAUGCAGUCUCUAAAGUGGGGGUGCCCAUUUGGCCUGAGGGGCCAAAUUUGGACCUUCGGGUGCCUCAUUUGGCCCAUGAGGAGGUGAUGAGAUGAUCUAUUUUAAUUCAAAUUUGCUGAAAAGACUGUCAGGAAAUCAAAGGGAGCACAUAUGAGACUAUAAAUAUAAAUAUGAUAAAUAUCACUUUCAGACUCAUAUCUGCUCAUGGACCAUAAAUUGGAAUAAAGUUAUAUUAAAUUACAUGGUCUGAUGUUGUACUAUUCACAGUUUAAACCUGGUUUAUUCUUGAUUUAGUCCAGUCUUUGUGCAGUCACUUCUUCAGUUUCCCACACACAUAUGUACAAGUGAACUGUCUCCUCAUGUCCACACACACAUGUAGAAGAGUCCUCACUGUUUUGAAGUAACUUAAUAUAAGUACAGAGAUCACAUCAUCUGAAUAUUAAUUAUGAGUAACUGUAUUCUGAUAUAUUCUAAAAUCGAAAGAAAUACUUUACAGAACUUGAUCACACAAUUCAAACUAAACAUAGACAAAACAAAAAACAGUGCUCUCACAGUGUGUGGAUGUGUGAUGUUAACUCCUCUAACUAGUGAUAGGAAAUGUAGAACAAAUGCAUUACUUAUUUUUCUAUUUCAUUUGGACUUUUACAAACAUUUAUAUAAUUAUGUCUUAUUUGACACCUUUCUCUUGCUGUCUUUUUUGCUACUUCUUUAGAAUUUAUUAUUACCAUUAUGUUGUACUUGUUAUUAUAAUAUGUUGUGCUGUGUGAGCUACUGUGUCCAAAUAUUUCCCUUGUGGAUCAAAAACGUUUGUCUAAGUCUAAACAAAUAAACAUUUUUGAAUCCUA